AUGCACAUUUGUAGCAUUGUUUUUAGAUGUUUUUCAUGUGCCUCUGCGGAUUAUGAAAUAUUAUUUGACAGAUUCAAAAAUCUAAAAGAAUCUUUAAGUUAUCCACACUUUGGAGAUAUUUGUGAUGACGCCGAAAAACUUAUUGCUAUGGCACCUAUCGAAAUAUGUUCUACUACAUGUGUUUCAAUAUUGGAGCCUCAAUAUUUUGGCGGUGUUCAGUCCAUGCACACUCCAUAUACAUAUAUUCGCGGCUGUACAGGCACGAUAUUCACCGAAGUAAAAAAUCGGCCACCUGAAAUUGAUUUCCUCCAUAAUGAGGAAAUAUGCCUUCCACUUCGCUUAUCACAAAUUUGGCCUACAAUUCAAACCGAUGAGCACGUUCAGGUUUUUUUUAUUCUUAAGAUUCUUGCAUCUAAUAAAAUUUAA